UUGAAUCACUGUUGCUAACUUUCAAAGAGCAUCAGAAAAUAGUCUCUUGGUCUAAGCUGCUUGAGUGGACUGAUCCAACUAUAAUUACGAGCAAAAUCCUGAAGCACUGCUAAAGGGAGUGAAAUACACAGAAAUUGGUGGCUGACCUGACUUUACCAUGGAACCUGAGGAUUUUGAUUCUGAGGACAAAGAGAUAUUAAGCUGGGAUAUCAAUGAUGUCAAACUGCCACAGGAUGUGAAAAAGAUAGACUGGUUCCAAGAAUGGCCGGAUUCCUACGAGAAGCACAUCUACAGCUCGGAAGACAGGAGCGCGCAGAGGCACCUGAGCAGCUGGGCCAUGCGCAACACCAACAACCACAACUCGCGCAUCCUCAAGAAGUCCUGCCUGGGCGUGGUGGUGUGCAGCCGCGACUGCUCCGCCAAGGAGGGCCGCAAGAUCUACCUGAGGCCUGCGAUCUGCGACAAAGCCCGGCAGAAGCAGCAGAGGAAACGCUGUCCCAACUGCGAUGGGCCCCUGAAGCUCAUUCCCUGCCGAGGCCAUGGGGGCUUCCCAGUCACCAACUUCUGGAGGCAUGAAGGACGCUUCAUAUUUUUCCAGUCAAAGGGAGAACACGAUCAUCCAAAGCCAGAAACCAAAAUGGAAGCCGAGGCAAGAAGAACAGUGAAGAAAGUGCAGGUGGCAUCUUCCUCCGUCUCCUUAAAGCUGAACAGGAGCCCAGAGGCAAAGUCUGUUCCUGGUGAAGCACCAAGUUGGGGGAAUUUACCUUUAAACUGGUCUUUCCAGGAAAGCAUCCACCUGCCUGGUGGUGACGGUGGGCUUUUGACGGCUGGCAUCCCCCAUCAGAAGUCACCGAAUGAAGGCUUAUUUAAGAGCUAUGGUUUGGGGGGAGCCGCUGAUCUGGCAGACCCCACUUCUACCGUGGGCCCCUCUGAGCUCUAUGAGAAAUGCAAAGUGUCCAACACUCGGAUCUAUGGUGCUGGGGACCUGCUUCAGCCUCCUGUCCCUGGAGUCCUCUCUGAUUACAGUGAUCUGCAAACAUGGAAUAAAAGCGCUGCUUUGGGAAGAAAUCCUCUUAACGACAACGUGUGUCCCAGUUACCCCUUCCCCCAGGCCGGCUGGCCUUAUGACUUCCCCCCUCCCCAGAACGCUUUAGAUCCCCUUUCUCAGCAGAUCCCAGUGGAACCACCUUCAGCCAAAACUGGCUGUCUCCCGUUAUGGCCAAGCCCAGGGGCGGAUCUCUAUGAAGAGAAGGUGCACGUGGAGUUUAACAGCUACUACCCUCCCACCACGUGCCAUUCGCCUCAGGAAGACCCCUUCCUCUUUACCUAUACCUCUUAUCCUCACCAUCAGUAUUCGCUGCCAGGCAAGAGCAGCAAGUGGAAUUUUGAUGAAGAAAUGAGGUACGUGGGUCUGGAUCACUACAACAACGAAAUGCUUCUCAACCUCUGUCCUUUAAGAUGAACCCAAUCUGAACCCUUGUGCACGGUUCGUACAUAUGUGAUUUGGUGCAGUCACUGUGGAGAAACAGUAUGGAGGUUCCUCAAAAAAAUUAAAACUACCACAGGGUCCAGCAAUCCUCUUCUGGAUAUGCGUAUAUCCAAAGGAAACAGAAUCACCGUCUUGAAGGAAUAUCAGUACCCCUUGUUCAUUGCACCAUUUUUGACAACAGGCAACACGUGGAAACUACUUAAUGUCCACUGAUGGAUGAAUGGAUAAAGAAGUUGUGGUACAAAUAUAAAUAAUGGAACACUAUUUAGCCAUAAAAUAGAAGGAAAUCCAGCCAUUUGCUACAAUAUAGAUGGACUGUAAGGGCAUUCUGCUAAGUGAAAUAAGUCAGACAGAGAAAGACGAAUACUAUAUAAUUUCACUAGAUGUGGAAACUUAAAAAAGAAAAAACCAAAUUCUAGAAACAGAGGUCAGAUUUGUGGUUUCCAGAGGCAGAAAGAAGGUAAGGGGAAGGGUUAGAUAAUUGGGUAAAUAUAAGUUUAUCUUCUAGAUAAAAGCCUAUAAUCAGAUCAUGUUUUGAAAAUCUUAUUUCCCAGUUAUUGUACCCUAUUUAAUCCAUGGCCACAAAGAUUUUCUCCUAUGUUUUCUUCCAGCAGCUUUAUAUUUUCAGCUCUUACAUUUAGGCGAGCGUUCCACGUCUCAUUGAUUUUUGUGCAUGGUAUAAGGUAA